AUGGCUCCCAUGUCCCAGCAGCAUUCGGAUCUGAUCGUCGAGCGCGAUGUCCCGCCAAUCGAUGGAGAAGAAACCAGAAGCCAAACGGAGUCGCAAGACGAUGCUGCUUUAUUGAGGACCAUGGGCUACAAGCCCGUCCUUCAUCGGACGUAUUCAUUAUUUGAGAACUUUGCGACCACCUUUGCCGCUCUGUACUUCGUUGGCGGUGUCCGCGUCACAUUCAGUACCGGUAUAGCAGCUGGUGGCAACUUGGCGUAUUGGACGAGUUACCUCGUCACGAUGGUCUUUACGUUUAUUUCAGCGGCCGUGAUAGCGGAAGUGUGUUCGGCUUCGCCGUCAGCAGGCUCGAUCUAUCUCUGGGCUGCCGAAGCCGGUGGUCCUCGAUUUGGACGGCUGCUCGGGUUUAUCGUCGCCUGGUGGAGCACAACGGCAUGGACCACCUUCUGUGCCAGUAACACCCAGGCGGCUGUAAACUACAUGCUGUCGGAACUGACCGUGUUCAACGUCGACUUCCCAACCGAUACGUCCGAUGUGAAAUUCCGUGCUGUACAAUGGAUCUGCACGGAAGUCUUGCUGGCAUUGGCAGCACUUCUGAACUUCAUGCCUCCCAAGUACUUUAGAUGGGUGUUCUACUUCUCAUCCUUCGUCGUCCUUCUGGACUUCUUCCUGAACGUCAUCUGGUUACCCAUCGGCGCCCACAACACCUGGGGUUUCCGCACCGCUGAAGAAGCCUUCAUGUCCACGUACAACGGCACCGGCGCACCCCCCGCAUGGAACUGGUGUCUAUCAUACCUCGCCACAGCUGGCAUCUUGAUCGGAUUCGAUGCUUCUGGUCACGUCGCUGAAGAGACCAAAAAAGCUUCUAUCACCGCCGCCCGCGGAAUCUUCUGGAGUACCAUCGCCAGUGGAAUCGGUGGCCUAGCAACCAUCAUUCUCUUCCUCUUCUGCGCUCCAAAUCCUGAAACACUCUUCUCCUUUGGAUCUCCUCAACCCUUCGUCCCUCUUUACGCUGUCGUCCUCGGCAAAGGCGGCCACAUCUUCAUGAACAUUAUCUGCGUCGUUGCUCUCUGGCUCAACACCGCCGUCGCCAUUGUCGCCGCAUCUCGUCUCGUUUUCGCCGUCGCCCGGGACGGCGUCCUCCCAUUCUCCGGGUGGGUAUCGCACGUCCAUCUCGGCCAGCCACGCAACGCCGUCAUCGUCGUCUGGACCGUCGCUUCUCUCAUCACAUGUACUCUUCUGCCAUCUGACGUGGCAUUCACCUCACUAGUCUCAGCAGCGGGAGUCCCUAGCGCAGCAGCGUACGGAUUAAUCUGUCUCGCCCGACUGAUAUGCACGCCGAAACGGUUCCCCAAACCGGCAUGGAGUCUCGGUCGCCUGAGCAAGCCGUUCCAAUUCAUCGGAGUAUUCUGGAAUGGAUGGGUCGUCGCCGUGCUGUUUUCUCCGUAUGUGUUUCCAGUUACGGGGGCGAAUUUAAACUAUGCCCCCAUCAUCAUGGCCGGCGUGACCAUCUUCGCUCUCAUUUCAUACAUGGUCAUGCCCGAGGACGCCUGGUUACCUCGAAACAGGAUCUCGCAUUUCAUCGAAAGCAAGGGAGUGAUGGAGACGGUUGAGGAAGUGGGAAGACGACCACUUACUUCUCAUUCACCUGCAAGAGAAGAACAAGAGCAUGAUGGGCAGGGUGAUAGGCACGUUACUACGGUUAGAUCUAGAACAGGAUAG